AUGGCGGCUAUGUCCCCGUCGGAGCGACGUUUACAGAAAGAGCUUAUGUCGUUGAUGAAGGAACCUCCGCCAGGUGUCACGGUUGACGGAGACCAGGCCAGCCAAAAUCUGACACUGUGGACAGUUCACAUGGAAGGUGUACCCGGUACAUUAUAUGAGGGUGAAAAAUUUGUACUGCAGUUUAAAUUUACUAAUAAAUAUCCCUUCGAUUCGCCUGAGGUGACCUUCGUGGGUAACAACAUCCCGGUGCACCCUCACGUGUACUCCAACGGCCACAUCUGUUUGUCCAUCCUCACCGACGACUGGUCGCCGGCGCUCUCCGUACAGUCCGUCUGUCUCUCGAUAGUCUCCAUGCUCAGUAGCUGUAAGGAGAAGAAACGGCCGCCGGAUAAUUCGUUUUAUGUUAAGACAUGCAACAAAAACCCCAAAAAAACGAAAUGGUGGUAUCAUGGUAUGUAA